GACUAGUCUGAGCUCUGAUUUUUGCUAGUUGAAAACUACAACUAUAUUGACGCUCCCGGUCUACAUUUGCAGGUCGGGGAAUUUUUGGAAAUUAUUGCGAUGUCUUUAAUGACGCGCUGGAGUUCUCUUUUUCUAUCAUACCACCAUAUUUGUGGUGCAUGCUAUGAUACUAGCGAGGCCCCACUGAAAAUCUCCAAUGCCGGUGUGUGCUCCGGCAGACGUUUGCUCAUAGUUGUUCUCUCACAGCGGUAUGUUUGUUGAUUCAACUGUUUUGCAUAUAAAUUUCACUCUCUUCCUUAUCCCUCUUCUUCCUGCCUAACAAGAGUUGCUGCGGUUUUGGCAGGCUGUGGGAGCCCACUCCCAAUGAGCGAGAAAGUGUGUGUGUUAGAUCAAGAUAGUGGCAUGGAGCAACAACCUUGUCAGAUUAUCCAGACAGCACACUAUUUUUCUAGACGAUAGUAUGAUUACCUCUAUUGUACCCUAAGAUCUAUACUUAUUAACAGCAAGAGAACAGCAAAAGCUUUUUAGAUAACUGUUUUCGGAUAUCCCUCUGGGGAUAUUGUAAACUUUUAUCACAAUGUGUUUUUAUCAUCCGAAUAAUAAGAACGAGAGGGUUAGCGAAGCGUUUCGAAGGGCUGGGGGUGCCUCAAAGGUAUGGGAGCCCUACGGGUUCAGCUACAAAUAGAGUUUUGUUAUAGCUUGACCAAGCAGGUUGGACGCAGUAACUUUUUCCUACACCCCUGCCCAGCCCAGCACCAUAUACCGGUGGUACGAAAUACGAGCAGCGCCUGACCAGUCACGGUGACUGAGGCAGCCUGCCCUGCGAUGUGUCUCCCACGAAGCCACAGCCCCGGUUAUUCUAGAGACCGACCAUCCCCGUCAAUACCCCUCUUUCCCUAUUCAGCGCUAUCUUUCUUUAAAGAGAUCCUCAGAUACGACAAGCAUCCAUUCAGAAAUCAUCAACAACAGCCACAACCGAAGCCCACCCAGCGGUAACAGUAUUUUCGACAUCACAAAACUCGAAUAACACCACCAACAAUUACACAACUGUUACUAAAUGAAGAAUCGCAGAUCCUGUCAUGGAGGUAUAAAUAUCACCACUAGAUUCUGGAGGAAGCGCAAACCGCGUGCUUCGUACUGGUGCCAAAGGGGUAGGAGAAGUGGGAUGCCGCAAAUCAGCGAGUGAGUUUCAAGCACGGCAAAAAAAAAAACCGGUGUACAGAAUCUCAGUCAAUCGGUAGGAUUCUCUUUUUCUUUUCGAAAGUCAUGUGUUGAAACACCACGUAUCACUCGGUGGAGAAGAGAUUCAGGUGUCCGAGGGAGGGAAGGGGGUAAAUUAGGGGAAAAAACGAGGAGCAUGGUAAACUUAUCCCAUCACGCCAAUAACCUCGCACGCUCGUACCCAUCAAGGAGGAAGCAAAAAAAAAAAAUUUGUGUGUGUGCCCGGUUGAGUUUGUACCAUAUCACACGUACGAUAUCAUGCAAAGAUUAAUGUUGGGGUAAACGUGGGAUCAGUUAUUGUAGGAGUGUAAAUCCUACUCCGAGCUCCCAUUAAGGUACGAGUACAAGUACAAAUUGGCGCUCCUGGUCUAACCAACUUCGUCCAAUGAGGAAUCUCGAGAAAUCUUACUCGCCAUGUCCGAGCCUCUCCUUUCCUCUCUAUAGGUAGCGCACAGUACAGUACCCCGCCACCCACGAAAGUUUGCCAUUCACUCCCAUCGAUUUCUCUCCUUCCCUUUUUUUCCCCCCCCUCCCACUAUUCCUACCUUUAAGCUCGCGGUGGUGGGAGGGAGGACGCCGGCAGCCCAUUCUCGGGGCCAUGCCCGGGAGGAGGAUUUCCUCGCGGGUAUGAUUAUACCAUACCCGCAUCUUAGCGAGCGAGCGAGCAAAGGUUUCCACUGAAGGAAAAAAGAAAAAAAAAGAAGAAGAAAGCCAUUGCUCGGUAUCCUCGCAUACCGAAACCACGGAUCAACGGCGUGGGAUCCGUUCUUCGCCCAUCAACUACUCUUACCUAGGUAUAUUCAAGUAGAGCACGCGCAGCAACCUACACGAACGGCCUGGGAAAAGGCCCUCCCGCAUCGACACCGCAGUCAUGGAUUUGGCCGAGCCCAAGAGGGGCGCGGGGGAAUGUGGUAAUGCUUGUGCUAGUCACUGCUCUGGUCCUGUUCUUCCGAGAGAGGACAGCAGGAAUGGCAGGUGCCAGAAUUAAUAUAAACGGAGCGGCUUGCUUGUGUGUUUUGCCGGGUAUAGCGUGUACAGGUUGGAGAGUGUUAUUAAUAUGGCUCAUCCGGUGCGCUCAACUGAGUCAUGAGUUGUCACUCGUGACGGAAUUCUUUCAAGCCCAACUGGAAGGGGAGGCUUCUGGAGUAGACCCAAACGAGUAAUAUCAACAUUCUCGGCCCCAUCGUAUCCAACCAUCUAAUUUACUG